CUUCGUCUCUGCUCGCCUAAUCCCUUCGAAGAACGUUGUCCAGCAACUGACUGACAUUAACUUUGGCUAGACGACUGUAAUGCCACUUCCUCGAGAGAUUUGCGGCCAUUGUUUUCUCAACUGAAUUCCGGUGGUUGAUUUUGGCUGAAUGAGCUUCCAUGCCUUUGUUGGCUGAGAUUUUUACUGCUCAGCCUGCCUUCCACUGUUUACGUUCAUGUUUUCUUGUGAGCAAUUCGAUGGUUUCGCUUACUUUUGGGAAUGAGAAGGAAUUAUCUUCUUGUUGGAAGUCCUUGAUUGUACCGAAACGGAUGAACUUCAGUGCCCAGCUUGAGGUUUCCAGGCGCGGAUUAUUGAUUAGAGCAGUUGCUACUCUUGAAUCCAAGCGUGUGGUUCAUGAUGGGAACGGGGACGUUUAUAUGGAAAAACGGACGGAAUUUAAGAAUUCUCAGGUGGGUGCUGCCCUGUUUGCUUCAGAAGCUCAGCUUGCAUCAUCCAGUGGAGAUUCGGAAGAAUUGGAUGAGAGAGAACGGGUGAGGCGAGAGAGGAUUUCCCAAGCAAAUAAAGGACAAACGCCGUGGAACAAAGGGAGAAAGCACAGUGCUGAGACGCUUAGACGAAUCAAGGAGCGAACGUGGCUUGCAAUGCAGGAUCCUAAGGUAAAAAAUAAGUUGGCUAAGGCUGGCGGCCAUGCUCAGAGCGAAGAGACAAGGAUGAAAAUUGGGGUUGGUGUGCGAAUGGGGUGGCAAAGACGUCGUGAGAAGCUGGUAUUACAAGAAAAAUGCUACAUAGAGUGGAAACAUUUAAUUGCUGAAGCUUCAAGACGAGGAUAUAAGGGUGAGGAAGAACUGCAGUGGGACUCUUACCAAAUCCUGAAUGAAAGAUUUAAAAAGGAGUGGCUGGAGAGUGUCGAGCAACGGAAAAGAAAGCCGAGGCCGGUUGGAAGCAAGAGAGCACCAAAGUCAGCUGAGCAGAGGAAGAAGAUAUCAGAAUCCAUCUCUGCAAAAUGGGAUGAUCCUGAAUAUCGUGAUCGAGUUUGCUCUGCUAUAGCUAAAUAUCAUGGCACGCCUAUUGGAGUCAACAGAAGAAGGCCAAGGAGAAAGCACAGUGAAAGUAUGGAGACCACAAGAACCAGCCAGAAGAAAGAAAAGAGUAAUGUUUACUCUUCUUUUGCAGAUGGGUCUAGAAUCAAAAAUCGACAACCGAGAAUCAGGAAAAGUAAAGCACCACGGUUUAAAGACCCUUCAGCAAGCUUCAAGCUGGACAUGAUAAAGAGUAUCAGGGCACAGAGAGCAAUUGCAGAACUUAAAAAAAUGGAAGCCAUUGAGCAAGCUAGACUCAUGAUUGCUGAAGCAGAGAAGGCCGCCAAGGCCCUUGAGGUUGCCGCUACAAGAAGCCCCAUUGCUCGAGCUUCCCUAUUAGAAACAAGAAAGCUUAUAGCUGAAGCACUACAAUCAAUUGAAUGCAUAGAUAUUGAGCAGAUGGCAUCCCAACAGACUGAAGAACAGAAUGCAGCAGCCUCCUACUCCCAAGAAGACCAAAGAAGAGAAGCUCAAACAAUGGCAAAGGGGACCCAGUUGUUUCCUUGUAGCAUAGAAGAUGCGGGUUUUGAUUUUGGUAAGUUUAGUGUGCAGGAUCUUGAAGUUUCAGCAAGCACCAAUGGAAAUGGCGCAUCUUAUACACCACGUUUGUCAAGUCUGGCAAACCAGCCUAAUGGGAAUAAGGCAUCUGAGGACCAUAAGGCUUGGUUGAACGGGACCAACCUUCAGCAGUUGGAAGAGAAAGCGGUUACCCAAGUGAGUGCAGCCAGGAAGAAAUGGGUUUGUGGUAGGCUGGUUGAAGUAGCCGAAGUAUGUCAGGACUCGAUGUUUAAUGAAGCAACACCUAGCGAUUAGCAUUUUAUUGAUCACUUAUGUGUAGAACAAACUAGCUGAUUCUGUUGAGUUUAUAGAGCAUCAUCGUAGCCGUAGUAGUAUUGACAUUAGAGCAGCAUUCUUUGUCUGGCUCGAUUUCUUAUGUAAACAAUCCGCUAUCAUAAUUCACUUGUCUCUAUCUGAACUUCGAGCU